GAACGCGAACGGCUAAGACCAUUUUCUUGGUUUGUUUAUUAUCUUAUUAUUACAAAAAAUUCAAAAUUGAUAGAUAGAGAUAAUAUUGAAAAACAAACAUUUAAAAAAGUUAAACAAAAAAAUACUCAAAAUAAAAAUGACAUAAACGUUAAUAAAAUGCUAAUUAAUAAUAAUUUCAAGACUUCAAACUUAAAUACUCUUUUCCUUCUCUUUUCUACUUGAUUAAACAACACUGAAUUAAUUUAAAAAUACCUAUAACAUAUAUAUUGUUGGGUUGUCUUGGAUAGUCUUCAUCGAAUUUUAAUUAAAAAUAUAUUUUGUUAACCUCCGACUUAAUUUUACAAAUUAUAAAUCAACUUAAAUCAAAAACAAAAAACAUCAAUAAACCAAAAAAGAAAACUUUAAUAGCAAACCAGAACUAAUAUAACUUCUAUUUAUAAUUAUUUUAUAAAAAACAGUAAAACUUAUGAGUAACAAUACUAUGGUUGCAGUCGGUAUUUGUUGCAUUUUGAUUCUUUUGGCUGUUUUUAUCGUGAUCAUCGUAGUUGUUGGCCAAACUAUGGGUGAGUCUAAGUGAGAUAAACUUCAACUGGGACCAGGAAAUUUCCCAGAUGGAUAACAAUCUAAUUAUAUAUUAGAUAUUUAAUAAAGUGCUUAAAACAAUUAACACAUUUGUCAUGAACUUUUAUUCGACUAAAGGAAAGUGCAAAUGUACAACAACAAAUCGUCAAAAACUCAACACCACCGAUAAAAAUAUACUAAAAAUGAAGAAACGAAGGAAAAAAAAAGCCGCAGCUUAAUUUUGAAUGCGAUUUUUUAACAAUAAAUCCGUGAAAUUCCAGUUAACCAAUAAGAAAUAAAACAUUCAUUUAUCUAUUAACUCCAUGGUUCAAAACAAAAUAGUGGCUUCAUUUUAAUAAAUACAGGAAUUAUGAUAGUUUUCCUAAUGCAUUAUUUAUAUAGGUUUUAGAAACAGAAGUGCGUUUGUUACUGUGGGCAAAUGAUAUAAACAAAUAUAAUAACCUUAUUUUUGUUUGUAUUAAUUUUCCUCUAUGAAAUGUGAAACUGCUAAUAACUAGAAAAUAGAAACAAAUCUUUCAUAAACACUUCCUUUUUAAAGUA